UAGCAACAAAAAAUUGUAAAUUUACCAUUUCCCGGUGAUCUUAUAAGUGAAUGUGCAAUUAAUAACCACAAUGGAGGUGGAAUACGAUGACUCCGGUUGGCAGGGUCGUGCCAAACCGCAGAACAAUGCCGAGGAGCUCCAUGAGGAUAACCCACAAAAGACUAUACAGGAAUGUUUGGUAAAAUUUCUGACUCCCGACUACAUAAUGGAGCCGGGUAUAUUUACGCAGCUAAAACGCUAUUUCCAAUCUGGCGGGUCGCCCGAAGAAGUGAUAUCAAUGCUAUCUGAGAACUAUAAGGCAGUCGCCCAGAUGGCAAAUCUUCUAGCCGAGUGGCUGAUUUUAGCUGGCGUUAAGGUGACUGAGGUUCAGGCAAUGGUAGAGAAUCAUUUGAAGGAAAUGAUUUUGAAGUCGUUUGACCCAAAGAAGGCAGACACAAUCUUCACCGAGGAGGGCGAGACACCAGACUGGCUAACUGAAAUGAUUGACCACUAUACGUGGCGUUCCCUAAUUUAUCGCCUAGCCGAAGAAUACCCUGAUUGUCUGAUGCUGAACUUUACAAUCAAGCUGAUAUCGGAUGCGGGAUUUCAAAGCGAAAUUACUUCAAUUUCAACAGCAGCACAACAAAUUGAAGUGUUCUCCCGCGUUUUGAAAACAUCCAUUUUCAAAUUCCUAAACAAUCCCGAUGAUGUCCAUGGUGCUAUACAGGAGUGCGCUCGCAUGGUGUGCCAUGGUCAACACACAUAUGUCUACUCCCAAGUCUUAAUUCAGGUACUUAGUCAAGAAUUAAAAGGCGGCUUCAAUAUGAAACGACUCUCUCAGGAAAUCAUCAAAUAUGCCUUAACAAAUAGCAAUCAAAACGUCACGCCGAUUACGAUGGCUCUGAACGGGUCUGCGGUCUAUCCCACAGCCUGUCAGGCUUUGACUUCCAUGCUGACCCGCAAUACGCUGAAUCCCGCCGACAUAACGGUACUGUUUCGGAAUUACUCGGCAUCUGAUCCACCACCUAUAGAUCUAAUUAGGAAUCCCCAGUUUCUCGAGCUAUUAGUGGAUGCUCUCUUCCGACCUGGCGUCAAAGUAAAUCCUGAACAUAAGUCCAAAUAUGUAUUUCUGUUGGCAUAUGCGUCGUCAGUAAUUGACCAGCCAGCGAAAAAGCGCCCGCUUACGGAGCGUACACUGAUCAAAGAGGAGCUGAAGAGCACUAUUCAAGCAAUCGAGAGAGCACACACCAUUUGCAAUGUCCACCAAGGCUCAACUGAACUGAUUGCCGAGCUGCAAUCACUUUAUAACUGCAUUAAAUAUCCUGUUGUUGGAGUUGGCGUCAUCCGAUGGAUUGAGAAUGUCGUUAUGGAACCGUCUUACUUUAAACUCUCAACUGAUAGCUGUCCCACCCAUUUAGCUGUGCUCGACGAAGUCGCUGCUGUUCAUCCAACACUCCAACAACAAAUACUAUUUCUGCUUAUACGUCUGUUCGAGUCCAAACAAGAUGAGCUUGAAAUUCUCGUACAACUUGAGAUGAAGAAAAUGAUUUUGGAUCGCAUGGUUAACUUGUUAACCCGUGGCUGCGUUGUGCCCGUGCUAAGAUAUAUAAAGCAAUGUUGUGCCAUAGAGGACACUGACAUUUCAUUGAUUCGCUAUUUUGUUACAGAGGUUCUAGAGACAAUUACGCAUCCGUAUUCGCCAGAGUUUGUACAGCUAUUCCUACCCAUGGUAGAGAACGAAGAAAUAACGGGGACAAUGCGUGGUGAGGGGGACAAUGACCCGGUCUCUGAGUUUAUAGUACACUGCAAGGCCCAUUACACCACUGUAUAGGAUCUGUAAAUGCACCAAUUUAGGGAUAGGCUAGGCUUUUUACAGUUUUUAAAUAGCAAAAUAUAUAUAUACAGAUGUAUAUAAUGUCAUGAGUAAUCUAUAAAUGCUAAAUUAACAAUCUAGACAUUUUACUUAAAUUCCCAAUAAAAUUUUGAUCCUAUGUGCUUGAUGUAUAGUGAGACAGAGAUGGAUGUAGACUCUAACGCGCUCGCACCAAUGCCUAGAUCGUCGCUCCAUUUAUUUAUUUUUUUAAUUUUUUCAUCGACAAACAAUGCAGUCGAUGUACACAAACAAAAAAAAAUCAAUACAAUAGAGAACGUAAACUAAAUAAAACAGCCUAUAAAAAUGACAAAAA